AUGAAGACCAUCGCAGUUAUUGGGGCGCUGGGCGUUGAUCACAUCAUGAUCGUACCCCGGUUUCCAAAGACAGGAGAGAGCAUUAGAGCAAGUCAUUCCGAGAAAGACUUGAGCGGAAAGGGUGCAAACACAGCGCUCUCGACAUACCGCUCCUGCCACCACAAGGCAUCGCUAGGCAGGGGCGAUGGUGCCAUUCGAGUUAAGAUGAUUGGCAAGGCUAGUAAGGAUCACUACGGAGAGGGGCUUAAGAAGAGGCUACUCGAGAACGAUAUCGAUGUCUCUGGCCUUAAAGAGGUGCCAAGCUUAUCAUCCAGCAAACGCGUCGUCAUGAUCAAUGAAGAAACCCACGAUAGUCGGUGUGUGUUUAGCCCGGGGACAACAGCGGCCUGGAAGAAGGAGGAUUUCAGCUACCCUGAGCAAUUUGGAGGCGAAGAAUGGCCGAACUUGAUCGUAGCGCAGAUGGAAAUCGAUAAGGAGGUCGUUGAGACGAUGAUUGAAACCGCUGGUCACGCUGGUAUCCCAUUCUGCUUGAAUGCCGCGCCAGCGAGCCCGAUCAACCCCGAACUUUAUAGGUUCAUCACGCAUCUCGUGGUCAACGAGUUCGAGGCUGCGAUAAUGUCCGGCCGUAUGCCGGAUAAUGUGACGGAGAGCACCUGGCCAAGUAUUGCCCAGGACUUCCUGAACGUUGGGGUCGAGAACGUGGUUAUCACAUUGGGUGCAAAAGGUGCCUUCUACGCCGAUAAAAAGGUCUCCGGGCACUGUGCUGGAUAUCCCGUCUCCGUCGUGAAUACAACCGGAGCAGGGUAG